AUGAAGAAUGGAAUUCUGACCUCAGGUGGCAAGGUGCUUGAUAAUUCUAAGCCACUCCUGGACCAAGUUCACGAUGACAAGGUCACAUACAUGGCUCGAUUUGGGGCCGGCGAGGCAUCUUUUGCCUUGCACAAAGCCCUGGACCAAAACUCCAGGGCUACAUCAGGACCUGAAGGAAUAGCAGAAGACAACCAUCGUGAACCUCACGCGGAUGAUGCAACAAGCAUAAACGCCACAGAUGCAAUUGCCUCAUUGUCAUUCGGGCCCUAUUUCGACCAAAGCUUGGCAGGCGUCACAUUGCAAGGGCUUCAGACUUUGUCCUUCGGAGAUGCCUUCAACAAGAGAUUGGAUUUUGCAAUGCUCGGCAGCCUGCAGUCGUUGACUUUUGGAAAAUAUUUCGACCAAACCUUGCGGGGUGUCCAGCUGCCACACACACUCUUGAAUUUGAAGUUUGGCAUCAAGUUUAACCAGAGCUUGGAAGGGGUCGAGCUGCCAGACAAGCUUCAGACUCUGACAUUCGGCGAUGAGUUUGACCAGAGUCUUGCAAGUGUCAAGCUGCCAAGCAGCCUCCAGAUAUUGACUUUCGGCCGUGCUUUCAACCAGAGCUUGGCUGACGUCGCGCUGCCAGACAAGUUGGAGACCCUAACAUUUGGGGACUGUUUCAACCAGAGCUUGGUUGAUGUAAGCCUGCCAAAGAGCCUACAGACCUUGACCUUUGGCUUUCAAUUCACUCAGAGCUUGGUUGGGGUCCGGCUGCCAAAACUGAAGACCUUGAGCUUUGGCUUCGGGUUUAAUCGGAGCUUGAAUGAGGUCAGACUUCCAAAAAGCCUUCAUAUUUUGACCUGUGGCAGCAUGUUCUACCAGAGUUUGGCCGGUUGUCAGCCGGGAAACAGCCAUGAUACCUUGAGCGUGAAUCUGACCUCGAAAGGUGCCGUUUUGCCAGACCACUUGCGGACUUUGGUGCUUGGCCACAAGUUCAACCGAAGCUUGGAAGGUGUACGGCUUCCAGACACCCUGCAGAUCCUGAUAUUUGGCUCAGGUUUUAACCAGAGGUUGGAUGGGAUUAAGCUGCCGAGCAGACUGCAGACCUUGACCUUUGGUGAACAGUUUAACCAGUCCUUGGUUGGCGUCACCCUGCCGAGCAGCCUCCAGACCUUGAAUUUCGGAACGGAGUUCAACCAUAGUUUGGGGCCUCCUUUCAAGCUUCCAAGCAGCUUGCAGACUUUGACCUUCGGUGAAAAGUUCAACCAGAGCUUGACACCUGUUGCAUUUGUGCAAACAUGCCUGCAGACUUUGACGUUGGGCCAAACUUUCAACCAAAGUUUCAGUGGUGUGGCGCUGCCUGGCAGUAUGCAAACUUUGAUUUUUGGCAAACAUUUCAACCGGAGCUUUGCUCGUGUGUCACUGCCAAAAAUGCUGCAGACCUUGACCUUUGGCGAAAAGUUCAACCAGCGCUUGGCUAAUGUCAGGCUGCCGAGCGGCCUGCAGACAUUGAUCUUCGGCAGCGCUUUCAACCGGAGCUUGGCUGAUGUCACGCUGCCCGACAAGUUGCAGACCCUAACAUUUGGGGACGGUUUCAACCAGUGCUUGGUUGAUGUAAGGUUGCCAAAGAGCCUACAGACUUUGACAUUCGGGACGCACUUCAAUCGCAGUUUGGUUGGUGUUAAAUUGCCACCUGCGCUGCAGACGUUGUCCUUCGGUGCGGGCUUCAACAAGAGUCUGUUGCUUACUCAGCUACCAAGCAGCAUCCAAAACCUAAUCUUUGGCUACAAGUUUGACCAGAGCUUGGAAGGGGUCGAGCUGCCAGACAAACUUCAGACUCUGACAUUCGGCAAUGAGUUUGACCAGAGCCUUAGUAGUGUCAAGCUUCCAAGCGGCCUGCAGACAUUGACUUUCGGCAGUGCUUUCAACCAGAGCUUGGCUGACGUCGCGCUGCCAGGCAAGUUGGAGACCCUAACACUUGGGGACUGUUUCAACCAGAGCUUGGUUAAUGUAAGCCUACCAAAGAGCUUACAGACUUUGACAUUCGGGACGAACUUCAACCGCAGUUUGGUUGGUGUUGCGCUGCCGAGCAGACUCCAAAUAAUGAGAUUUGGCUACGAGUUCAAGUUCGACCGGAGUUUGGAAAGGGCUGAGCUGCCAAGCAGCAUACGUCGGUUUUGUGUGCCGCAAGUCACUGUAUGCCUUCACUUGUGCUUUGAGGUUCGAUCUAUUCGACCGAAAGCCGAAUCGCUGUGA